CGAUGCCCCAAUCAGCUUCAGAACAUUAAGCUGACCUUAAUCUCCCUCAGGCACAUGUUCACUUUCUCAAUCUGACUCUAUUGCCAUUUACAAGUAUCAAUACACAAUGCCCGAAAAGUCCAAGCCCCCUCCUAAUGAGUCUGUCACAUACAGCUCCGGUUCUCCCGACGGACCGCCAGAUCUAAGGAUACUGCACUACAAUGAUGUUUACCACGUGGAUUCGUCCUCAGCUGAGCCCGUUGGCGGUGUCGCCAGGUUCAUGACCUUGGUCAAACACUAUCGUGAUGAUCCUAAAUGGACAGGUCAAUCAGAUCUGGUUACCCUGUUUUCUGGCGAUGCUUACAAUCCAAGUUUGGAAAGUUCAAUAACCAAGGGUUCUCACAUGGUACCUCUGCUCAAUAAUAUUGGUACCGAUGCAGCCGCACUUGGAAAUCAUGACCUUGACUUUGGUGUCCGCCAAUUUAAGCAUUUGGCAGGAAAGUGCAAAUUCCCCUGGCUGAUCGCCAAUGUCCUGGAUCCUGCGUUGGGAAAGGACGUACCGAUUGGUAACGCAAAAAGAACGCACAUGAUCACAUCUUCCAAUGGUAUCAAGAUUGGUCUUAUUGGACUUGGCGAGCGUGAAUGGCUUGCAACCAUUAAUAGUCUUCCGCCAAACCUGAUAUAUAGAUCUGCGAGCGAAACAGCGAAGGAACUUGUCCCCAAGCUAAGAGAGGAAGGCGCCGAAAUCAUCAUCGCGGUCACUCACAUGCGUGAACCGAAUGACAAUAAGCUUGCUGAGCAAACCGAUGGAAUCAUCGACAUUAUCCUGGGCGGCCACGACCACUAUUACAACCACAGUUUCAUCAAGGGUACUCAUGUCUUACGGUCAGGAACCGACUUCAAGCAGCUCUCAUACAUUGAAGCCAGACGCCAGAAGCACGACUUAAAGAAAUGGGAUUUUGACAUUAUUCGGCGGGAUAUUACGUCUGCGAUCCCUCAACAUGAAGAGACUGUCAAGGUGGUCGACGAUUUGACUGCCAGUCUCAAGUCGAAACUUCAGAAAUCAAUUGGGUUCACAAUUGCCCCGUUGGAUGCUCGCUUCAGGACAGUGCGGACCAAGGAAAGCAAUCUUGCCAAUUGGGUAUGCGAUAUCAUGCGCCACCAUUACUACGGUGAUUGUUGUAUCAUGGCUUCUGGAACAGUCAGAGGUGACCAGAUCUAUCCACCUGGCCCAAUCUUACUGAAGGAUAUCAUGAACUGUUUCCCUUUUGAGGACCCUGUCGUCGUGAUCAAUGUCACUGGCCAAGCCAUAUGGGAUGCUCUUGAGAACGGAGUAUCGCAAUACCCUGCACUUGAGGGACGAUUCCCCCAAGUUUCAAACAUCAAGUUUACGUUCGACGGCAGGAAACCGACUGGGUCCAGAAUAUUGAAGGCCACAAUUGGGGACGAAACCAUUGAUAUGGAGAGAAAAUAUCGUCUGGUCACCCGUGGGUACAUGGGUAGAGGCAAGGACGGCUUCGAAUCGCUCUUGAUAGAGUCGGAAGGUGGCAAGGCUGAAGAAGUUGUGUCGGAAGAGAACGGCAUUCUGAUCUCCAUGAUGUUGCGACAGUACUUCAUAUCUCUGCGCGUCAUGGGCCAGUGGAAAAACUGGGGCAAUGCCAUGAACAGGCAUUGGAAAGAGGUUUCCAAAAAGGUCAGCACAAACCAUCCGACCAUCCAACCUACGCCACAUGCGACCCCCACCACUCCUUCGGCAACCAAGGGCCACGAUUGGGACAGCUGGAGUCCUCAGAACAUUCGAUCUCGUCGCGCAAGCGUGAUGCGUCGGGAAGCAGAGACCGAUAGUGAGGAUGACGAAGACGUUGCUGCUGAAGAGGACGUAGAGAAAUUGGACAAAGAGUUACAGAUUAUGCGGAGGGUAUUUAGCAAGUGGGCACGUCGCGCUGGUGUGGAGUGUCAAGCAGGCGACGCACUGCUCGAAGGCGAGUUUGAAGUCGACUGGACGCAGGCGAUCUCGCCCAAGAUCGAGGGUCGUAUCACUCAAGUUGGAGGCGAGCCUCCAAAGUAACCCACUACACGACCUGAAAGAAAAAAGCUUUGGCUGAUGCAAAAUAGACUAGCAAGAGUAGAUGAGCGAAUGAAUAAGAUCAUUUCAUAUCAA